CGUGACCGGUUUGGACUAUACAGCGGGCGGCGCUCGCGCCGCCACGGCAGUGCGAUCUCAUCCGCGACGGCGAAUGCAUGUCCCUUUUGCUACCGAUCCGCUUUGUACGCGAGUGCAGUGCUUACGCCUAUUUUUAUGUUAUUUCGCUUUCUUUCGUGUUCCUUUCUUCUGACUGUAAUCUGUGCUUUCUAUCUUGUGCCUGUGCUUUCUUCACGCUUGUUUGUUGUGCUUAAACUGUUUAAUUAUACAUAGUGUGUCUACAACGGACUUAUUAUUUAAACGCCCGGUAGGCACCCUAUACUGGUGACCUCCGAUUUUUGAACUAUAAUACGCAAGUGAAGUUAACGGCAUGUGCGGCGACGAUAAGAAAAAAGACAAUGGUGCCGGCGGGGCUGGUGAUUCGCAGCCGCCAUCGAAUGAUGUGGACUCUAACGGUUCCGUGUUUAAAGUGUCCGUGCGCGCACCGCCAUUUUGGCCCGCGGAGCCCGCUUUGUGGUUUAAACAAAUGGAGGCACAGUUCGAUGUAUCGGGAAUAACGAACGAAUCUACGAAAUAUAAUUACAUAGUGUCGCAGUUGGAACACCAAUAUGUAUUGGAGGUUAAAGAUAUAAUAACAAAUCCUCCAACACUCAAUAGAUAUACGAAAUUAAAAACCGAGCUUAUAUCUAGAUUAUCGGCGUCGCAAGAAAAGCGGGUUUUACAACUAAUGAAGCACGAAGAGCUUGGUGAAAGGAAACCGUCACAGUUUUUGAGACAUUUGAGAACGUUAGCCGGUAAAACUGUAACGGACGACUUUUUGAAAACUGUGUGGUCUAGCCGCUUACCUAGUGGCUUGCAAACUUUAAUAGCCUCCCAAUCAAGUGCCACAUUAGAGGAAUUGGCCGAUUUAGCGGACAAAGUACAUGAUAUUGCACCACAAACGCCCCAGGUAUGUGCUAUAGGCGGAGAUCCUUACGCCAUAGAGAUGGCAAAGCAGAUGGCGAACCUGGCAAGGGAAGUAGCGUCACUGAAAGCUGAUUUUGGAAACCAAGGGCGUCCAUCGAGGUCCGGCUCGCGAAAUAGUUACCGUGGUAGGAGUCGUACGCCAUCUACAGGCGGGCGCAGGGACCGAUCGGCUUCAAAGAGCAGAGAUCCAUCGGUGUGCUGGUACCACAAUAGAUUUGGUGAUAAGUCGACGCGGUGUACCAGGCCUUGCAAUUAUCCGGGGUCGGAAAACUUCGACGGCAGCCGGAAGUAGCGGCUAGCGACUGCCGAUCAAAGCCGAGCCGCCUCUUCGUAGUGGAUAAAAACUCUAAGGUACUGUUCCUAGUUGACACGGGAUCAGAUUUGUGCGUGUUUCCGCGCGCAGCUCUUAGAGGACCGCGUAAGAAGACAAACUACGAGUUAUUUGCAGCAAAUAGCACUGUAAUACCCACUUACGGCUCGAUUCAACUAGAACUCAAUUUAGGACUGCGCCGGGUGUUCAGCUGGAGCUUUGUGGUCGCCGAUGUUUCUAAGCCGAUCAUAGGGUUUGACUUUCUGUACCAUUUUGAUAUUUUGGUUGAUUGCAGAAACCAGCGCCUAAUCGACAACUAUACUACACUCACCGUGAAGGCCUCCGCGCAGCCAGCACCAGAGACCAUAAUGGCCAUUUCUUCAUCCAUACGCCAUUUCCGUCACAUGGUCGAGGCCAGGCCAUUUACCAUCUAUACGGACCAUAAGCCACUGACGUCGGCGUUCACUUCAACGAGAGAGAACUGUUCCCCCAGGCAGUUCCGCUAUUUUGA